CUAAAUAGACCUACCUUUUCCGUUUUGCCUGUUUACCUGGCUCGUUAAUGUCUUUUCGGAUUUGUCGCCGUGUUUAUAAUUCGUUAUUUUGUUUUCGGACUUGUUAUUUUGUUUUCAUAUUUUGUGUUUUGUUUUGCACUUCUCGGCCACCGUACUGCUAACAACACAACUAGCUAGUUUGAUAAAUUAACUCGGUUGUCCGUUGUGUUCAGACGCUAACGCGCUAAUCCCAAAUGCCUCCGUCCUCCCUACACAAGCGCACUACACUCACUAUACAGUAAAGUCUUCUCUACUCCCUUUGUAGUGAUUAUUUAUAUAUCACAAGCAUGGGUUUGGGAUUGACCCGAGCCAACGUUGGGCGUGAGGACAAAGUCUUAUGUUUGUGAGAAAGAUAUCUAUAGAAUUAGCCGUUUUUUGCAGUUAAUUAGAAAAAUAUAACGUCAUAAGAAGGUUAAAUUAGCUAAACUAGCUAAUCCAGCCAACUGGUGUUAGCUAGAAUCACAUCCUUGCGUCGGUUUGCUCAUAAAUAUAAUCGAGAUGGAUUUGUUUGCAGAUCUUCCUGCUCCUACGAACAAUACAGACUCUGGCAGUACAGCUGAAGACGGCGUGCAGGACCGAGGACCGAAGAGACGCAGGGACCCGCGCUCGGAUGACGAGAAGAAUGAGACGGAAAAGAAAGUUUGUAAAGGAUUGGCUAAGCUGAAGGGUUUUGUGGCGGCACGGCGUGGUGAGCGGGACGACAUGCAGGACGCUCACGUCAUUUUACCUAACCUUCACACGCAUGCAGACACACUGCCUACACAUGUGUCGAGGCUGGCGUAUUUUGCUGUGUUUGACGGUCAUGGUGGUGCUCGAGCAUCUCAGUUUGCUGCUGAACAUCUGCAUCGAACACUACUUAGCAAAUUUCCUAAAGGAGAGGUUGAAAACCUGGAUAAACUGGUGAGGAAAUGCCUGCUCGACUCGUUUCGCCACACCGAUGAGGAAUUCCUGAAAAAAGCCUCUAGCCAGAAGCCGGUUUGGAAGGACGGCUCCACAGCUACGUGCGUGUUGGUCGUGGAUGAUGACCUGUACGUGGCCAAUCUGGGAGACAGCAGAGCAGUGCUGUGUCGUUUGGAGCAUGCUGAGGACGGAGAGGAGAGGUGUGUGUGUGUGGCUCUCAGUAAAGAACACAAUCCUACCAUCUAUGAAGAGCGCAUGAGGAUACAGAGAGCAGGAGGAACCGUCAGAGAUGGGCGUGUGCUAGGUGUGUUAGAAGUUUCCCGCUCCAUCGGUGAUGGCCAGUAUAAACGCUGUGGAGUGAUUUCAACGCCCGAUUUGAGACGCUGCGCACUCAGCCCUAAAGACAAGUUUGUGAUUCUGGCGUGUGAUGGACUUUUCAAAGUCUUCUCAGCAGAUGAGGCUGUUCAGUUCAUCAACAACAUUCUACAGGACGAGUCGUUGGAAACCAAGGAGGGACAGAGCGUGGAGGAUGGGCGUUACGAAGCUGCUUGUCAAAAACUGGCUACCGAGGCUGUGAGGCGAGGCUGUGCAGACAACGUCACGGUCAUCCUGAUCUCCAUCGACUUUUGACGCGUUUCUUUCUCACACACACCAGCUGAGUGUUUAGGCUCCAUGUUGCAUUUUGAAGCGGACAUUUCUAAAAGACUUUCAAACACCAAGUGUGGGGAUUUACAACCAAAUAAAAGUCCAAACUUUAUCGGA